UUAUUUAGUGCCUGAGCUGAGAUUAGAAUCCAGGUCUUUUGGUUCAUAGUUUAUUGUUUUUUCUGGUACAGUGCACAGUUGAAUGAAUACUCAUUCUCACUGAUACCAGAUGUCUUGGAUUCAAGUAAGAAAUUAAUUAGAUGAUUUUUUGUUUUAAACUCACCCACAAGGAUGAGAUAAGAGGUAUUGGUUUUCUGUAAGAAGAACUGGGCCAUAGUAUUCUGUGACAGUUGGACUCGCUUUUCAGUUGUAACCAGUAUUCUUUUUAAGAGAGUUUUUGCCUCAUCUAGUAUUUCAUUUUUAACAGGUGGUAGACACUCCACUGAGGAACGUAUUAACUUUAGAAACAAGGUUAGCAAAAGACUAGAGUGGAACUUGGACAAUUCAAAUAUGGUUCUUGUCUACAAGAAAACUUUUUUUGAAACUUUGGAUGGCUUAAUUUUUAAAAAUUGGUUUAUAAAGCUGACUGUAUAAAGGUUAAGAGGAUUUCUUUGUUUUGUUUUCGGUAUGCUUUUCCUGUUUUAAACUAGGAAUUAAGGCUGCCAGACACCAUUUGCUGGAAGAGAAGACAGAGGAGGUCACGUGGAGAACUGUUAGAGCGUGUGCUGUGCUGUGCUCAGUCGCGUCCUCUGUGCGACCCGGACUGCAGCCCGCCCGGCUCCUCCGUCCAUGGGAUUCUCAGGCCAGGGCUAUUAGCAAAAGAUGGUGGAUCGCUUGGCAAAUAGUGAAGCAAAUACUAGACGUAUAAAUAUAGUAGAAAACUGUUUUGGAGCAGCUGGCCAACCCUUAACUAUACCUGGACGUGUUCUUAUUGGCGAAGGCGUAUUGACUAAGUUGUGCAGGAAAAAGCCCAAAGCAAGGCAGUUUUUCUUAUUUAAUGAUAUUCUUGUAUAUGGCAAUAUUGUCAUCCAAAAGAAAAAAUAUAACAAACAACAUAUUAUUCCCCUGGAAAAUGUCACAAUUGAUUCCAUCAAAGAUGAGGGAGACUUGAGGAAUGGAUGGCUGAUCAAGACACCAACGAAAUCAUUUGCAGUUUAUGCUGCCACUGCCACUGAGAAGUCAGAAUGGAUGAAUCAUAUAAAUAAAUGUGUCACUGAUUUACUCUCCAAAAGUGGGAAGACACCCAGUAAUGAACAUGCUGCCGUCUGGGUUCCUGACUCUGAGGCAACUGUAUGUAUGCGUUGUCAGAAAGCAAAAUUCACACCUGUUAAUCGUCGUCACCAUUGCCGCAAAUGUGGUUUUGUUGUCUGUGGGCCCUGCUCUGAAAAGAGAUUUCUUCUUCCCAGCCAGUCCUCUAAGCCUGUGCGGAUUUGUGACUUCUGCUAUGACCUGCUUUCUACUGGGGACAUGGCCACGUGCCAGCCUGCUAGAUCAGACUCUUACAGUCAGUCACUGAAGCCGCCUUUAAAUGACGUAUCUGAUGAUGAUGAUGAUGAUGAUAGCAGUGACUAAGGGCAUAUUUUGAAAUAUUUAAUCGGGUGUGACUGUCUGAGAAAUCAGCUCUGGGGGAAUGUAAAAUUAUGAGCUUUCUCUCCAUUUUGCUCUUGCCAUGAAUUUGCGUGAGAAAUUUUCAACCUAUGUGCCUCAGUAUACUCUAUAGAAAAUAGGUCCUGUUAUCAUCCCCCUCCCCCCGCAACCUCUCCUUACCUCCCCCAGCUCCCUGUUCUACAGGGAUAGGCUAUUGCAAAUAUAUCAGACAAAUGUUUGGUUUCUUGUUUUAAUUCUAGACUACUUUCUUGGAUGGUUGGGAAGAGAUGUUUAACAUAUCAUGUGCUGCAUUGUUGUUUAUUAUAUGUUGUGUUAUAUGGAAAAACUAAAAGCAAAGAAUGAUGGAGAAAGGAGUAAGAUGUGGUUAGUGAAUUAUGUUAUUAGCUUUUUUCUAACCAUCCUAUCUAAAGGUUAAGAUACCAGUAACAGAAAUACAUGUUUUGGAAAUACUUUGACUUUUUCAUAUACCAGGUGGUGCCUUAUCAUAAUAGCACUGUUGCAUGAAAUAAGCCCCUACCUUCUCACUUUUUAGUUUUGUUUUAAAAGUACACUGGUGCUUUCUGAGGUGAUAAAAUGAAUGUUAUAGAUGGGUGUAAUUAGGAAAUGCUUCUCAUUUGACACCUACAAGUAACUAAAUUUUGAGGUCCUUCAUUCUGUAUGAAUAUUUUUUCAUAAAAUACUAUUGUUAUUAUAUUUUUACUUUCUAUAGGUACCAAAUUAUAAUUGCCAUUCUUAGGAGUUUGGUUUGAAAUUUACCAAGGGCAAAUGGUCAUUGCAUUAUUUCCACUGACACAUUUUUAGGUAUAAAUUCAUCUGCUUUAACAUUAUUUCAAAAAUGAAAAAUCUUAUACAAUUUCUUGAAAUAUAAACAAUCUCUUUAAAAAAAUCUCACGCUAGAGCACAGAUAAUAGUUAAAGAUUUGGAAGAAAUAAUGUAGGAGGAUGGUCAGUACAGACCAGUUAAGUUUGAUAGACUUCAUAUCUGUGGAAGUAUUUUCUAUUUCAGUGUGAAACUAUCUCGAAUUUACAAAUAUAGUGUUAUAUUUUAUAAAAUUUUGUAAAGUCCCAAAUAAUAUUUCUAUUUUUGUAAAACAAUGGUAUGUUUUAAUAUGUUUCUGAAAUCAUUUUGCAAUCUAUGGAAAUAGAGUAGCAGUUGAUCUUUCUAAAUUGUGAACUUUAUUGAGUCCAUCUAGAUUGCUUUUGAGAAGGGAUAAUUUUUCACUCUUUGCUUUUGAGGCAGCCAUUAGGUUGAAAGUAUAUUUAUCAUAUAAAACUUGAUGUGUUUUGCACUACUCUCUCCAUUUGUAUGCUGCAAAUAGUCUUUCAAAUAUGAAAAAUCAUCCUGAAGUUUGUUUUAAAUUCUAAAUUCAUUUUGUUUUAAAAUCUUUAAAUCUGGAUGUAUGGGAAAUGUCAUGAGAGGUUUGAUUUAAUAAUUUGUGACAGAGGAUUCUUUGGUUUGGUUAAGGCACUAACUUAACUUUUAAAUUGUGAAAGCACCUGAGAUAGGUCUCCCUGUAGGAAAUGUGAAAGGAAGGCACAGCAGGUAUUGUGUUUGUUUUAAUAUCAUAUGGACUUUUGUUUCUAAGCAAUAUUUACACAUAAUCAAUAAACAUAUCUGAAAAGAACCAUAAAACCUGACAUGUGCUAAUGGAGACUUGGUGGUACAUAGGAACCUAGGAAAUCCAAGAACCAAGGGGAAAUGUUCUGAGAUAACAUUUAUGUUGUCAACCUCUAUUGAUUCUGUUUUUACAAUAAAAAGUAUUUUACAACUUUA